CACCUUCUCUCUCUCCACCUGCUCCUCUGACCUACUCCACCCUCAACCCACCAGAACCAUGGGCUGCUCUGGCUGCUCCGGAGGCUGCGGCUCCAGCUGCUGUGUGCCCGUCUGCUGCUGUGUGCCAGCCCGCUCCUGCUCCAGCUGCGGCAAAGGGGGCUGCGGCUCCUGCUGUGGGGGCUCCAAGGGGGGCUGCGGCUCCUGCUGUGGGGGCUCCAAGGGAGGCUGCGGCUCCUGUGGGGGGUCUAAGGGGGGCUGCGGCUCAUGUGGAGGCUGCGGCUCCAGCUGCUGUGUGCCCGUCUGCUGCUGUGUGCCAGCCUGCUCCUGCUCCAGCUGUGGCAAAGGGGGCUGUGGCUCCAGCUGUGGGGGCUCCAAGGGGGGCUGUGGCUCCUGUGGGGGGUCUAAGGGGGGCUGCGGCUCAUGUGGAGGCUGCGGCUCCAGCUGCUGUGUGCCCGUCUGCUGCUGUGUGCCAGCCUGCUCCUGCUCCAGCUGCGGCAAAGGGGGCUGCGGCUCUUGUGGCUGCUCCCAGUCCAGCUGCUGCCAACACACCUGCUCCCAGUCCAGCUGCUGUGUCCCCGUGUGCUGCCAGCGCAAGAUCUGAAGCUGUGUCCAGGGACCUCAAGUGGCUCCCGGGAACCCAGGAAUCUAGGAAGUGACCGGUGGCCCAUCCAAGAUCAGCAAGUGGCAGUUUUGGAUCCAUCUUUUCUAGAACGGGGAGCCCAGCUCUCCAGGCCCAGCAGAUUGCUCCCCAGAUCCAGGCGAGGGGAGGCCACUUCGUGCCCUCUGUCCAUUCUGCAUCCCCACCUCCUCUGCCUCGAGGAAGCCACUUCCUUCCCAGUCUCCGCAUGACUGCGGUCCCCGCAGGCCCCUGAUUCCUGGAGUCCACUGCCCCUCGUGCUUUGGACUUGGCCGACCUGGUCCAUCCCACAAGGCCAACGUCUGGACCACAGACCCAGGAGGUGCCCCCCCUCUCCUCAGUCCCGCAUCAGCUGGCCCAGCACCGCCCUUCACCAGGACUCGCCUGUGCCUCCGCCACCAGCCACAGUCCAGUCUGGACCUGGUGUGGACUCUAAAUAAACACAUUCCCCUCUCAAG